AGCUGAUCGCGAAAGUGAAAGGUCGUUGACACACCGUGUGCGCGCGAGGGCAAUGGCCUCUACGGUCUUAAAAUGUUCUGCGUGUAACAUAGUAAUAAAUGAAGUGCUGGCUUUCAUGCACAACAAAAUGAACGUCAUGGAUGAAGAAGGGUUGGUGCAGAUCUGCCGAACGGCUUUCUCCACCGAUGAUAUUUUCGAAGCAAAAAAGUUGUUGUUUGACGCUGUUCCAAUAAGAAAAAUUAAGAAACGAAAGAAAGAAUCUAAAUCUACAAGGGACUUGGAGGAUGUCAUUGAACUCCUAAAGCAUAUAGAUGCAACUGAUCCAGAACGUCUACCAAUCUUCGUGGCUAGAGACCUACAUAAGUUACCACCUGUGACUUUCGAUCACGUAGACGUAACCAGAUUACUGCGUGAUAUUAACUUACUGAAGGACGAAUUAAAAACAAUUAAAUCUACUUAUGUCACAAAAACACAAUUAAAGGAUACAAUUGAAUGUUCGCGAGAAAAGUCGUUGAACUACAUAAACACAAAGCGGGGCGCAUACGCAUUGAAUAGCUAUAGCUCUGUGAUGAGUCAACGGCCACUGUUGCUAAGUGUAGUGCGAGUGAAGAGUGCGCGUAUAUAUCAUCUCUCUCGCCCUCACGCUCAACGAUGGAACCGGCCUUUCAAGGACAUUCGCCGAGACAAAGAAAUGAGGCCACUGCGGUUUCGACACACGCAACUGUUGAUAAAUGUGUUGUCUCAUCUCUUCCCGAACCUGAGAAAGAGACCGCGAUAGGCUCGCGCGUGGAGGCCAACACCGCGGU